AUGAAAUCUAUUCAACAUCUGGAUUUAAGAGACACGCGUCUGGUGGAAUUACCAACACAAGUCCAGGAACUGAAGGAACUGGAAACAUUACUGCUUGAAGGAACCCCCUUGAGAAUACCUCCAAUGUCGAUUGUUGCACGUGGAUUAGCCCACAUUAUGGCCUAUUUGGUUCACGUUGCUUGUGGUCGUCGUAAACUGUCAGCCGGUCAAACGGAACCGGUAGGACGGUAUGCAUUUCUAGCCGAUGCUCAAGAGCAUCCAGUUGGUUUGUUACCCAGUCUAGACCUGUCCAACGCCGGAGCUCGCACGGCCAAAUCUACAACAAAGAAAACCAGUCUUACUCAUUCCAGACCUAAGGUGGCUCAGGGAUCCGGUGAAACGUGUUCCAGUUCUGAUACAUCCACAAGCAAUGGCCCCGGUUUAUGUCAGAAGUUGAUAAGUAGCAAGGGUGUUAUGUCACAAAUGGGCGAACAAUCCCUGAAUCGAACCAAAGGAUCAGCUUCGGCAAGCAGUCGUAGUCCGGUGUCUGCCUUGAACGAUCGCCGUCCUCGCCCUGAUUCUGGAUACAGUACAACGGGCUAUUUCGGCGGUGGAAGUGGAGGUCAAGACACCGAUAAUUUUCACAGAAGCCCGCACACGUCCCCUCAUUCACCUAAAUCCAUCCUCCUGAUGUCAUCCAGACCUCACGGUUCGCCAGGUUCUUCGAAGCGCAAUAACGCGGAUCCAGAGAGUGGAACCAGUUCAUCUGAUCAACCAAAUGAGGCCCCUAGUUCUCAUCGAGCUUCUACCUCAACGGAAGAAGACAAUUUGACAGAUAAUGUUGUUUCUCCUUCUUCAAAGAGACGCAGUGCGCCGACACCCAAGAGAGUAAUCACGAAUAGGUCAUCAGGAAGAGCUUCAGUACCCGCACCAAACGGACGUUUGCAGAGCACCGGCGGUGCUGGAUCUGAACGCAGUGUAAAUCGACAGAAACUCAGUUCUUCCUCUGGUUUGCAACGUCCGAGGAGAUCUGCUCCUGGCUCUUUAGGGACCAACGAAGGAGGGCGACAUCACAGUGUGGUUACCAAAUCUACUUUACCCUUAUCCUCGCGACGGUUGUCUACAGAUCCAAUUCAGUUGAAGCACUCUGAUCCGGACUCGUCAUCAAUACAAAGCCGGUCAUCAAACUCUCCAAGUCUAUCUAAUCCGUCACAUAAAGUGACCAAUGCAUCGCGUGGGCGGUUGGGUUCAACCCCGAGUAUAACUUCCGGUACGAUUCGUCAACCCACAGUCACGGGAUCCAGGGGUUCUACCGCGGCAAGUCGAAGUUCAGCGUCAAAGCGUGCAACCCCAUCCACCAAUUCGGUGCAAACCAAAAAUCGGAUAACAAAGCGUCCAUCCGCUGACACGACGUCUGGAAUCAAUGCUAGAGGCGCUUCCGGAACGGUCACAGUUUCCAAAGUGAAAGCCGCUGAGUUACCUCCAACCAAGACAACAAACUCGACAACGCCGAAAAAGGACUCACGUGUUGGAGUCUCACUGCAAGUACAAACAGAGAAGGCGCUAAGAUCAACUGGUUCAGCCAUACCCAAGUCGUCGGCUAAUCAGCAGGGGAAAUUGGUGCGAAUUUCUAAUGAUCAUCCGGCAACUCACUCUGUUUGGGAUUUAUUCAGUCGAGAGGAAGAGGAUUACGUAAUGCGAUUGAGAAAAAUUUUCCAGAAUGAUUUGGGAGUUCGAUUGCCAACCGGUGUGCAGCAACUGGCGAUGAAACUGAGCAAUGGACAGCUUUUGACCGAUUGGUUGAACCACGUCAUGAAGCCCAGUUCGAGGUUAAAGCCAACCUCUCGAAUGGAUGUGUUCACGAAUGAUCCCGAAGUCCGCGCCGAAACAAUCAAACACUUGCGUCGUUGCCGUGAACUUAUGUCCGUGCAUGGCGUACCAAAAGAAAAACUCUUUCUCAUUGAACCUCUUGUGGACGCUAACACCCCGUUGGGUGUGAUCAGUUUGGCAAAAGCGGUGGACUAUUUGCGAUCCAUCUGUCGAACGACUCACCGGCUUCACGAAGAUGCACAUGGGGCUAGCUCAUCUUCGGGGAAAGUUUUGAUGGAAACUUACCGAAGUGCUCCACGAUCACUCAAAUCCCCACACUCGCCGCGAUCUCCCAACUGGGUUGACUCACCGCAUCAACCUGCAACUUCUCAAGGUCCAUCAAUACCCACGCCUGCAGCUUGGCCGCAACAUUUAUGUUCCGAUGUUUGA